CCAACAAGAAUAAUUUUGCAUAUAUCAAAAAUCAAUCUAAAACAAACUAAAACAAUGUUCUCAGAUAUUUUUUUGUUUGCUGUUUUCAGCAUCGUAGUUAUUAUUUUCGAGAUGAUAAGCCAUGAUGUCCUAACUAUGGACAUGAUCCAGGGAAUUCUUUCGGGAAAUACAAGCAUUUACAUAAUCCUUGCCAUCGCUAUCUUCCUUUCUCGUAAAUAUCUAAUGGGGAUGCAAGAUAAAAACAAUAACCUUGAAAGAACCCUCCUAACUUUAAGCAAUGAGCUCCAAAGAAUACGUACAGAAGCUGAAUGGCGAAAUGAUGCUUCGUCCCAAGCUGGAUCGAACCGAUUCUCUUCCACAAGUCACGUUUUCAUGGGACAAUGUUCUGAAUAUACGGAUGAAUAUGAAACAUACUGGGUCGAGUUUACGGCUCUUUUUAAUAACAGGAGGAAAAAGGAAGGACGUUCUCCAACGCAAUUGUACAAUAUUUUAUCAAUCGAAACUGGUCUUAGUGCUAGUACUUUAGCUAGUUUUUACCGUCACCAAAAAUCUCCAAGAACAACUUCUAUGGAUAAAAUUAUUGCAUGGGUUGAAAAGGAGGGAAAUAAGAAAGUAGUUAGUUUUAGCGAUAGUAGCAGUAGCAGUAGUAAUAGAAGUAAUAACGGUACCAUCUUCAAUGGGGGUAGUAGUGCGAAAUAAAUUGAUGCUGGGACUCUCAUUUUAUGGCCUAGGAUCCGAGUACUACUCCCUCCCUCUUAGAGUGUUUAUGACUCUUUGUGCAUCAUUUAUUUCAUCUGCUAUCUUCCUACCCAUUUUUU